AUGGAGAUGGGUCCUCGGCCAUCGGUCUUCUGUGUCAGGCAAAGCCGAGACAAAGGAGAUGUUUGUGAGGCUUUAAAUGUGACAGUCUCUCCUGGACCAACAGUGCGAUACUUUGAGGGAGAUAAUGCUACUCUUUACUGCCACAUUUCUCAAAAGAGAAAGACAGACAAUUUGUUGGCUGUGCGGUGGGUCUUCGCUGCAUCACCUACCCAGGAGCAUCUGAUGAUCAAAAUGACCAAGUUUGGAUCUGUCCAGUAUUAUGGAAAUUAUACUCAUCAUUUCCACAAGCAAAGACUUCAUCUUCUUAAGGAGAAACAUGGAACUAUGUACAAAUUUCUUAUUUUAAGUCUCCAGCAAACAGAUCAAGGACGUUAUAUAUGUAAAGUCCAGGAAAUAGGCAAACACAGGAAUAAGUGGACAGCAUGGUCAAAUGGCACAGCAGCUACUGAAAUAAGAGUGAUUUCAUCAAAAUCUUCUGAUCAUCCCAUUUUCAAGACAAAUCAUGAAGCUUGGAAAUUUUUUGAAGACCUGUAUGUGUAUGCAGUGUUUGUGUGUUCCAUAGGAAUCAUCAGUGUCCUCCUUUUUACACUUGUCAUUCUCUGUCAGUCGCUUCUGAACAAGAGGAGAUCCACAGUGAAGCAUUACCUCGUGAAAUGCCCCCAGAACAGUUCCGGGGAAACAGUUACCAGUGUGACAAGCCUGUCUCCUCUACAGCCUAAGAAGGUAAAGAAAAAGAAAGAAAAAGAGAAACUGGAGCAGCCACCAGCCAUUCCAGCAAAAGCUCCAAUUGCCAAUAAUUUCCCUAAGCCCAAGCUCUUGAAACCUCAAAGAAAACUGAUCCUGCCAAAAAUCGCAGAGGAGAAUUUAACAUAUGCUGAACUUGAACUUAUGAAGCCGAUUCAGGAAGCCAAAGGCAUUCCCAGUACGACAGUCUACGCACAGAUACUCUUUGAGGAGAACAAGCUGUAAUAGUUCAUGCCUGUAUAAAUGUCUUAUGUCUGUGUUCUAUUUAAUUCUUGCUGUACUGUUUAUUUAUAAAAAUCAUACAGAUGUCCUUAUUUUUUUAUUUCCAUUCAUGCACUUCUAUUUUUCUGUGAGACUUCUAAACACCAUGUAGUUGAAAGUAAUCAUAGAAAAAGCAGCUGGUCUACAAGUGAUACCCUUUGUAGAGUUCUAUACCCCUGUUGUAAAUGAACUAAGUUCCACUUGGGGCAUUUUUCACACUAAACAUUAUUCCUUCUUUAAUGUUAAUGGGAAGAGUCCAGCUGCAAACAUCAACAUCUUAACAAGCCUCAGGAGGACUAGUGGCAGGAUCCAUGCCCAUCAGCCUGCUCCUGAAGGCAAAGACCACUGGCUAGGAAAAUGGUCACUUUAAUGCAUUUUAUCCCAUCAGAAAAUAUUAACUCAGUAAAGCUGAGACUUUUUUCUACAGCAAAGGAAAAGCUUAAAUUACUUUUUCAGCUUUUUCCCCCCCUCCAGAAAUAGUUAAAAAGGUUUGUCUUCUAUGUUUUCAAAUUCCAUUCCUAAAUGACAUUGUCUUUAAAAACUUAUGUUACUUUUAGUAAGGUGCUUGAAAUAAAAUAUUCAAAAAUAAUCCAAAGGAAUCACUUAUACUUAAACUGCAGUGAUUUAAGGAAGAAUAUUUAUAGCUUGGGAACAUUUUCCAGGAGUUGAUCUUUUUUAAUUCUGAUUGGGACUAGGAAAAACAUGAUAGUGAGUAAAAGACUGGCAGAACCAGGACACUACUUUUGGCCUUGGUUUAGUUUGGUGCUACCAAACCUGCAAAAGGUUCUUCCUGUGGCCUGCAUUACUGAGCUGCUGAUUUAGAGGAAAAAUCACACAGUUUUUCCUUUAGUAUGGAGCAGAUUCUAUAACACCCUGCUGACUUUGGAGCUAUUUCUUUGGAAAGACCAGAGCUCAUGAGAUAGGGAAAUGAACCCAAUGUGAGGACACAAAGUUACCUUUCUCUUUCUUUACCUCUUGAUAACUGAGAAGGCAUUCUUCCUUUUCCUUUCAUACACAUUCAUGGAAAAUGAGCUUCUUGGGCAUUUCAGUCAUGAAGCAUAGUUGGUCUGAUGUUUUCAAGCUCAUGUAUCUCCAAGUGUCCAAAUUUCACCAAAGCUCAGGGAAAGUCUGAUAUCCAACACCUUUCAGCCCUUGGGAAGCUUUAGCCCUCGAGUAACUGUGGAAUUCAUGGAGAGGUUAAAGCAUGGAUUCUUUAGCUCACCAUCAGGUCACGGAGAUCUGAUACUUGGCAUGUGCCAGGUCUUCUCCAGGUCUGGGGUGGAGCCCUGCGACAGGCCACUCAUUCAGCAGUAUUUUAUGUGGAUUUUGGAGUAGCACUUUCAGCCCUUGGGUUUUGGAAUCCUAACUAAGGUUGUCCAGGCUGCUUCCUCCCUUAUAGGUCAUGCAUUUUUAGUGAUAGCACAACUUCACAUCAGGGCUCAGAGCACAGCUGGGAAUCAUCACAGGAACACUCAUUCCCUUGUUCCUGUUACUGCAUGGGAGUGCAGGAGAGGAGGGCAGGGGCAACAAUGCAAGGAUGGGGACAUGCAACCAAGGGAGAAAGCACAUCACUGCCUUUUGUAGGGUUUCACCAAAAUAAGUGAGUUUAUGUAAACUGCUUUUUAACUGUUACGAACAGAGGUAGAGAUUAGGCAGCACAUGUAAUCUGUUACUGCCUAGCCAGGAUCUGUAAACAUAAAAUGCAGUCCCCUGCUUCCUCAUUGGAUAAAAAUCUCUUCUAUGAGAAAGAAUUAAGAAAAGCUUUUAGGCUGAUCAUUAUGUACAGUACUAACUCCAGUUCUAGUCCUUCAUCGAAACAGUUCUUUCCAAACUAAGGCCAGCUUUUAUCAAUAGGUUUGCUAAUACUUAUUUGCAUUUUUAAUGUUUCCAUUUG